UUCAAAAUGGCUUCUUGUCUUUCUCGAUGCGUAGGAAUGUGUCGUUUCGAAGACGAAAUAAUGAAUUUUAUGAAUGCGUAUGUGUAAUAAGAGUUUUUUAAAAUGAAUGACAACACGGAAAGCAGUAGUGAUUUAAACAGAGGUCCGUUUUCUGCGACGAAACUUUGGAAUGAAGUUGUUCAUCAGAUGAAACUCAAUGUUCCAGUGAAAAGAAGAAGAUGGCGGAUGAAAGUUUAUGAAGAUGUGUUUGUUGCUUCAGAAGCUUUGGAUUGGCUUCACGGGUUUUUGAAAGAUAAUCCCAAUUUUGGAGCUGAUGUAGCUCGACAACAGGCUGUGCAGCUGUGCCAAAAGUUUCUGAAAAACGGUAUUCUAACGGAUGCGCGCGGAAAGCAAUAUAAUGGAAUGUUCGAAGAUAAUAACCAUUUGUAUCGAUUUUCAGAUAAAGCGCGUUAUUCCCCGUACAAGACAACUCAAUCUCUAAAAAGUGAGAAACCUGUAGAACAGAAAGCAAGGGAUGAAGGAAAAACUUCAGAGGACAAGGUAAUGAAUUCGAUUUAUAAGGAUGAAACACCAAUCGAAGAAUUGACAGAGGAAGAAGGCCCAGAUUAUCCGAGAAUCACAAAACCAGUGGUAAAGAGUACAUAUAACCUGAGGUCCAUGGGUGCAGCACCAUCAAGAACACCGCUUGUUAAUAAAGUGAAUGUUUGGAGUGCAAGAAGAACUGAUCCAAAACGAAGACAAAUUAAAAGCUCCUUGAAACGGAGAAGGAGUAAUAUACAGCACGGUGACCUGGAGGACGUUAUAAUGAACCCAGCAGCCCUUGUUGCCGAAAAUCGGCGAUCCCUAACAGAGAGAGAAAUCAGUGAAGUCUGGUGGAACAUUGCUACCACCCGGUUAAGAAGGCUUCUAGAUCUUGAUGAUUCAAUCCUUAACUCCUUGAAAAUUGGAGGAUAUGACACCAGUUGCGUGUGGCACAAUUCACAACUUCAGAGGAUCCCAAGAGCUGGUGAAGUCCUGCCACAGUGGCUGAUAUCUGCAAUGAAGUGCCUGAUACACUGGCCAAAUGGUGGUUACUCUGAAAAUCAAAGCUUGCCCAAGUAUGCUGGAUUUGAGCGUGAUGUGUUCAAAGCCGUUGUUGGUUUCUUUGAAGAUGAGCAGAAGUGCCCACUUGUUCCAAGACAUUUGUUAGGAGUCUUCAAAAAAACAGUUGACUUUCUCUUCAAUUGUAAGUUAACUGCCAUACGCUCCCUACAGUAUUGCUGUUUGAUGAUUCCAGUAAAAAACAGAGAGUUACUACAAAUGUUGUUAAAAUUUAUGGUUCGACUCAUGGAUAACCAUGUGAUCUCCAUAAGUGAUGAUUUACCAACCAAAGAAAUGCUUAUCCAGUCCUUUAGCCAUGUUGUGUUUGGUGUAACUGCAGACAUGGAUGCUAUACGACUUGUGUAUUUUAUGAUGGAAAAGUUUCCAGAAUAUUUCAAGAACCCUGAAGGACUUGAAUUUCAAGUGGACCAAAGGCUCUUGUUUUUGAGGAAUUGUCGACAAAGCAAAUCAAUUGUUCCAUCUGAAUGUCCCACAGUAUCAUUUUGUCAAAGGGUCACCCCUGAAGAGUACAAAGAACAAGCCCUGAUCACAUCUCAACGUUCCCUAAAGGAUCUACUCAACAAAAUUGUGGAAGAUGAGAGUAUAGGUACAAAGGAAAGAAAGAAGCAACUCAAAGUGUUUGAGAAGUCCUAUCCUGAUAUUUACCAAGCAAAAUUUCCAGGUGACAAUUUGUCAACUUAUUCACAAAGAUCAGAGAAGCUGAGACAAGUUAUGAAACCGCUCACCAUACUUAAGAACUUGCGAUAACAGCUUGAGUUAGAAGUGUGCUGAAUGGUCCAUAUUGAACUGUUACUUGUAGCUGGAAUAUUAUAUUUAGCUUUACAUUUUCAUAAAUAAGGGGUUUUUUUAUUUCAAGGUUAAUGUGAUGUUUUUUUAUCAUUGUGGGAUAGAUCAAUUUUUUAGCAUAAAAUAUGAUCUACAGCUAAUUUCAAGGCUCCAACUAACUGAUGGCUAAUGAACUUCUGGUAAUCUAAUCUUUUCCUUUACAAGUGAAGAUCAAUUUACCCUAACUUUUAACUUGAUUCAUCAGUGAUUCACAAACAAGAUAUCAGUAAAAUCAGAAUCUUAUAACCUAGUAAAAUACAACUACAAAAUACAAAUUCCUGAAAAACAUUACAUUUUUUUAAAUUCUUCCGAUAUUUUUAUAAAGGAUAUUGAGGUCUAAAAUAAGGAGGAAAAAAUAAAUGAAUUGGAGAAUGACCUGACUACUCAAUGAUUCUUUUAUCACUUUUAUCAUGAGGGCAAUUCCACAUGAGACACUGAAAUUUUCACUUUUUUAAAAUUAAAUUUUUCAGAAUGAAACUUAUACCAAAUGAAAGCUGAAACAAAGAACUGUUUGAAAUUACUGAGAUCUUGUACAUCUUGUCCAUGUGCUUAAUGUGAGAAGGCAUGCAAUCUUAAAAAUUUGAGUCUCCUCUUAUUUAGAAUUUUUGGAAGGAAAUUUUAAACGAAGUUUUUACUUCUAAGAAAAAUAUUACAAUUAAUAUAA